AGGUGCACUAUCGCAAAGUUUUUCGCACUAACUUAUUAAAAACUGUUGUCGGAAAUAUGGCGGAUGCGGUGAAAGCUGAUGAGAAUGUCCAGUCGCUGAAGAAUCUCGCCCACAGAUUACGUAUUCUUUCCAUUGAUGCUACCAACAAAUGCAAUUCUGGUCAUCCAACAUCAUGCAGUUCAAUGGCCGAGAUCGUUUCUGUCCUGUUUUUCAAUGAAAUGCGCUAUAAGCUAUCCGAGCCGAGAGACCCGGCUAGUGAUAGAUUUAUCCUGUCGAAAGGUCACUCCGCCCCAAUCCUUUACGCAGCAUGGGCUGAAGCCGGUCUGUUCCCGGUUUCUGAUCUUGAUAAUUUGAGGAAGCUGGAUUCGGAUUUGGAAGGACAUCCCACGCCAAGAUUGAACUUCAUUGAUGUCGCUACUGGUUCGCUUGGACAAGGACUGGGCGUUGCUGCUGGAAUGGCUUACGUUGGAAAAUAUCUGGACAAUGCCGAUUUCAGGACUUAUUGCUUGAUUGGUGAUGGAGAAUCUGCCGAGGGUUCCAUUUGGGAAGCGCUGAACUUCGCAUCGUAUUACAAAUUGGACAAUCUCGUCGCCAUUUUUGAUGUCAAUCGAUUGGGCCAGUCUGAUCCAACAUCUCUUGCUCAUGAUAUGGACACUUACAAGAAUCGCUUGGAAAGCUUCGGGUUUCAUGCUCUCGUCAUUGACGGUCAUGAUGUUCAAGCGUUAUUGUCGGCAUUCCAAGAAGCGAAACUAACAAAAGGAAAGCCCACGGCUAUUAUCGCGAAGACUUUUAAGGGGAAAUACUUUCCGGAGAUCGAAGACACUGAGGGAUGGCACGGUAAACCAUUGGGUGAAAGAGGACCAGCUGCCAUUGAGGCAAUCAAGAAGCUAGUCACAGAUUUCGAUUUCAAGCCAGUCCCGGCUGCACCAUCUGAAGCCAAGUUACAUCCAGUGGAUGCAGCGAACAUUAAGUUGAGCGAGCCCCCAGCAUAUAAAGUAGGGGACAAGGUUGCCACCAGAGUUGCCUACGGAACGGCCUUGGUUAAAUUGAACUCGGACCGUGUUGUUGCACUCGACUGUGAUGUAAAGAACUCGACAUAUUCUGAAAAGUUGCGAAAGAUCAAUAAAUUGCGGCACAUCGAGUGCUUCAUUUGCGAGCAGAAUAUGGUUGGCGUGGGCGUUGGAGUCGGAUGUAGAGGUCGCACGAUUCCAUUUUGUUCCACAUUUGCUACCUUUUUUACUCGAGCCUAUGAUCAAAUCCGAAUGGGAGCUAUUUCGCAAAGCAACCUUAACUUCGUCGGGUCGCACGCUGGUGUGAGUAUUGGUGAAGAUGGCCCGUCUCAGAUGGGGCUCGAAGACAUCGCUCUCUUCCGCACAAUUCCGAAUUGCACUGUGUUCUAUCCGUCGGAUGCUGUAUCGGCGGAAAGAGCCGUGGAACUUGCAGCUCAGUUGCCGGACAUGUGCUUCAUCCGGACUUCGCGACCGAAUACAGCUGUUCUCUACGACAACGCCGAGCUCUUCGAGGUUGGUAAAGCAAAAGUGGUCAAAAAGUCGGAAGAUGAUAAAGUUUUGGUCAUCGGUGCAUGCGUUACCCUGGAAGAAGCUCUCGUUGCUUUUGACAAGCUCGCUGGCGAAGGCAUCCACAUUCGAGUUAUGGAUCCAUUCACGAUCAAGCCAAUUGACGCUGCAGGAAUCCUAGCUAAUGCCCGAGAAUGUGCUGGAAAGAUCAUUACGGUGGAGGAUCAUUACCCAGAAGGUGGUUUGGGAGAAGCAGUUCUAUCGGCUGUUGCGGAGUGUCCGGACAUCAUAGUGAAAAAGCUGGCUGUCCCAAGGAUUCCAAGAUCUGGACCUCCAGCUGAUUUGAUGGAUCUGUACGGCAUUUCUGCAAGGAGUAUUGUUGAUGCGGUCAAAAGCAUGAUUUAAAAUAUCGAGCCAAAAAGACGGCAUCUUUAUAUUUUAUCUCGGAGAAUUUCUUAAUUCAUCAAAUAUGUUGUACGAUAUUCAAAAAUGUCUCCCUGUGAGUGAAAACUCGGAUAUUUGAACGCGCUUCAAUUUCGCACUCCCAUUUUGUCUCAUUUUGGAAUGGCUUGAAUAUACCAACGGUCUCUUCAUA